CGCUCUGUUUCUUGAAAGCGCGAUCGCACUUCUUGCGAACUUCGAAAUCAACGACGCUGCUGCUGCUGCUUACGUCGAACGAAGUUUUGCCGGCAUGGCAGACAAGGAGGAGCAAGACAACGAGCUGCUGGCCCUGGAGAGUAUUUACGACGCUUCUGUCUUCAGAGUGAGCAAGAAGGAAGGCAGCUACCCCGAAGGCCAUUUUCUCGCUCGCGUCGAAGUUCCCAAGCCGUUCCGCGUGCUCGUGCCGACAGUGAACGCGCCGGACGAAGUGCAGGAGAUUUCGCUCGAACAUCUGCCUCCGAUUCUGUUUGAUUUCCAAUUGCCACCCUACUACCCGUCCCGCAGCGCACCUCGCUUCUGCCUGAGUUGUCCGUGGCUCACGUUAAGCGAGCUGGAGCUGUUAAUCGAGGCGCUGGAUCGCAGCUGGGAGCAGGACCCGAACGCCGUGGUUCUGUACCGUUGGAUGAAUUUGUUAGACACCGAAGCGGCCGACAUUCUGCGACUGACGUCUACCCACAGCUUGGUGCCUCUGUUCCAGGAACUUACAAGACUUCGUCAACGUCCUUUUGCGAUUCUGAGGUCGAAAAAGUGCUACACGUACCGUGGCUACGGACGCGUCGAUUUGCGCGCCUUCAAGGAGCCGGCGGACCCACGGACACUGGCCCCCGUCCUCACCGAGUACAACAGUCGUGAAAAACGGCGCGUGUUCAGCCUGCAAUGGCUCUCCUGCCAAGUGUGCUUCACGACCAAGCUGGGUUCGGAGUUCGAACGUGUGAUUGGCUGCGACCACCCGUUCUGCCGUGAGUGCCUCCGCGAGCACUUUCGCAUCCAAAUCGAGAGUGGCUGUGCCAACCAGCUUCGAUGUCCACAGGAAAACUGCCCCACGCGUGUGGUGCCCACGCAGGUGAAAGCGCUGCUCGGCGAUGCCUUCGGCUCGCGCUACGAGGAGAGCUUGCUGAGCGCCUACUUGGACUCCCAGGAGGAUCUGACCUACUGCCCACGACUGCAGUGCCAACUGCCCGUCGUCCUGGACCCGGGUCAGCCCAUGGCGCAGUGUGCCGACUGCCACUUCGUUUUUUGCGUCUACUGCCGCACAGUGUAUCACGGUGUGCAGCCGUGUCGCAGCAAUUCCGGGAAGCGGGCUCUUCGAGACGAAUACCUGUCGGCUACUCCGGCGGUGAAGAGGGAAAUGGAGAAGCGGCACGGGAAACGCACGCUCCAGUUUCUGGUGGACGAAUCGCUCACCGAGGACUGGAUGCAGGAGAACAGCAGGAAGUGCCCGCACUGCGGCAUUUCCACUGAGAAGCUAGACGGCUGCAACAAGAUGACUUGCUGGCGCUGCGGAGCCCACUUCUGUUGGAUCUGUGGUGUAGCCCUGAAGACAUCCGUGAACCCCUACGAUCACUUCAGUGAUCCCGCAUCCGCCUGCUUUAACAAGCUUUUCGAAGGCGCUGACGAGGUUCUCGAAGGGGACGUUGCUGAUGAGGACGACCACGAGUUUGGAGAGUUCUUAUGAACGUUUAUCAUAUACACUGUUCCUGUCCAAGACAGCGUAGUAGUUUUUUUUCCCUUCAGGUUUCACAGGCUAUGAUUUACUAACAAUGCUGAAUCAUCAUGAGUGACAUGGAAUUCGCGAAGGUGGCUUGAUGAACUGAAGACGUCUCAUGGAAAGAGGCAUGUAUCCGCACGAAAGUACUUCAAUAUAACUAUCGCAAUAAAUUUUGAUGCUUAAG